UAAACGCUCUCUCAAUCAAACACGGAAAGAAGAAAAAGAAAAACAGUGGUAGCACAGAACUACAUUUACCUUCAACGAGAAAUAUACAAAUAGCCUCAGUAACGUUUUGUAACAGUUGCGGGGAACCGACGCAAAGACAUUUAGCUUCAAUCAUGCCCAAAAAGAAGGACACUGUUAAAGGUGGUGCUCCUUUAUCUAGAAUUCGAGAAAACUCGAGACUUAUGCGCACACACGAAUCUAUGAUAGAUUUCAUAAAUGGACGUCAAUCCAUGGAAGUCAUUGCCUCUGGAUUAUUAGGUUUUGAUUUUUUAAGGACCGUUGCUGGCGAACUGGAGGACGACAUCAUUUAUUCUGACGACGACUAUAAUGAUGAUGAUGAAGAUGAUCACUUUUAUGCACAUAAUGCUGCUUACAAGCCUUUAGAACCACAUCCACAAAUAAAACAACUCACUGACGAGGAGGCUGAUAAACAUGCAAAGGAACGGAUAGAAGAAGAGGAACGACGUAAGGAUAAAACGGAGAAGAACAAGCGUAAGAAAUUGCGUAAAAGAGAAAAGAAACGGUUAGACAAGGAGAACGCAGUAAAAGACAUUUUACCUGAGGAAGAAAAAGGAGAGUCAGACUCCUCAGAAAUUCAGGAAGAAAAUCCUGUUAUUGAAAGUAUUGCAGAAGCAAAUUAUUCUCUUGAACCUGGGAGAACACAAAGUGGAACAGAGGCGGCUGGAUGUGAUGAGAACAAUGCUAAUAAUAAAGAAGAAACCCCUGGGGAGAUUAUUACAACCAAAGAUGGGGAGCAAAAGGAUUUGGAUUUAAAUAAUUCAUAUGCUUCUACAACUAAAUUGGUGGCCGAGGAGGCGUUUAACGAGAGACCUGCGAGGGAAAGAAAGAAAAAAACUAAAUUACUGGAGGUUUUGCCGUCCAGGGAGGAAAAGCCAAAAGUUGUGGAGGAACCUGAAAUUCAAAAGAAGGAAGAGAAACAUGAACCCAAUAAAGAGGAAUUCAUGGACCCCACUACAGAAGAGUUGGCCAAAAGAAGCAGAGAGCUCGCUGGUAUUGGAAAUCGUUUGGCGGUCUCCGGACAGUACGAGAUGGCCGUGAAAUGCUUCACCGACGCCAUUAAAUACAACCCAAAGGAAUUUAAGUUAUUUGGAAAUCGGUCCCUGUGUUAUGAAAGAAUGCAGCAGUAUGAAAACGCUCUCAGGGAUGCUGACCUAGCGCUCUCCAUGGAGCCCAACUGGAUAAAAGGUUUAUUUAGGAAAGGAAAAGCUCUCUGUGGGCUCAAGAGAUACUACGAGGCCUCGCUGAUCUAUAAGGAAGUGUUGAUGCUGGAAAGUUCGAGCGCUGAAGCCGUGAAUGAGCUGAAACGAGCGCAGACCUUGCACCUCAUGGAAAUGGGAUUCACCUGGGCGCAGAGCUUGGAGGCCUUGAAAACGCACGCCACGUUGGAGCAAGCCGUCGAAGCUCUGUUUGGUGAUGAACGUAAUCCGGGUCCUGGAGAUGCCAGUGCCAGUUAUGACAACACGGACCAACCAGUGGUGCAGGAAGAAAACGACGACGCGGGAGAGUGGGUUGUCCUCCAAACGAAUCGUCCCAGAAUGCAGCAGGUCAAAGAGUUCGAUGCUUUAGUCCAAAGCAGAUCAAACUCACAGUCUCCAUCACCUCGUUCAAAGAAUUCUGUGAAACCGGACAUUUUCUCCGUUUGGGUUGGAUCCUUGGCUCCUGCUGUCACCUACUUGACACUCCACGAGCUCUUCAGCAGAGCCGGGACGGUCUACAGCAUCAAGAUGCUGCUGGAACACCAGUGUGCCUUUGUGAACUACACCAGAAAAGAGGACUGUGACCGAGCCAUCCAGUGUAUUAAUGGGCUGGUGGUAGAGGGCGCUCCACUCUCUGUGCGAUUUCCCAGUAAAUUCCACACUGGACUCGGCAUGUCCAGAUCGGUUCCCUCGGGCCCCUUUACACACCUCGGUUGCAGCCUGUACAACAAGGAGUGCUUUUUCUGGAGGACCACGGGCUGCACGAGGCAGGACUGCACCUUCCGCCAUGUCCCAGAGCACAAGAACCUUGACGAGGACAAAUUCACCAGUAGAAUGGGAAGUAUCAACCAGUAGAAAAUCAGAAAUGAAAAGCAUGCGUCUUUUCCUUUUGACAUUUGACACAGUGGAGGUGCCAAAGCGAGCUGCUUUCAGUCGCCUCUAAUUCCUCUUGGUUUUGGUUCUUGUGAUUGUUUUGGCUGCAAAAAAAAAAUACAAAUUGUAUUUUGAAUUCUGUUGCAUUUUUGGAAAUGUUUGCACCAUGAUGGCCCGCCAUUGUUGUUCAAAUAUAAAGAACGCAUUAAACUACAUCAUACUACUGCAUUUUAGUAAUAAUUAAUGUGCAUUGUGCUUUGAGCAUUCCUUUGCUAAAGGAUUUUGUCAGGGAUUAUUUUUGAUGAUCUAAUCUAUUUGAAGAUUGUGUUAAAACCCUUAAUUUUGUUUUGUUUUAAAAUUGAUUUAACAGAUCUUUCUGUUGUCAGUCACCUCCAGGUGGCGCUGUUACCCUUUUUAUCCCUCAACUUUGGGGCUGCCAACUAUUCUGCUUUCAUUUUAAAGGCUGUGAUUAAUGAGUAGUAUUGCUAUCGGCACAUUUAUUGUGCCAGGUUUAAUUUUGAAACUGCUCUGUAAAUCUGUAUCUGGUUCGUUUGAGUUCAGUGGUUAUGUAAAUUAUGUUUAAAAUGUGUAAUGCUAUCUCUGUUGGUGGAUUAUAAGUGUAGUGAUGUUUGGACACAAACUGUCAUAAAAAUAAGUGCCUUUUUAGUAGCACAGUGGCUGCAGUUGAUCACGAGUCCGCCCAGAGGGAAUUAAAGCCUCAACUUUAAAAGUGUUAAUGUCUUGCCAUACAUUAAUAUACACAGUACAAGACCAAAGACUUGGUGCAGGUGGACCAGUAUAGAUGGGCCUGGAUGGGACUCGCUACAAAGAAUACUCAAGUCAGCCGCAUUUAAUUUGGGAUAUCACGAUAAGGUCGGAGGAAGCUCACCACUAAAACAUCUGCACAUUAAUCCCUGUAGCAGCUCUGUGUCCUUGAGCAAGAAGCCCUCGUCUCAGGUCAGCCCGAGUUAGAGUAAAGUGCCAGUUAAACGCCUGAAAAGUAACUUUUGUCCCUGAGAUUUGAUCUAAAGCGCGGUUCUUCUAAGCCUAAAAUGCCUCCCUUCAAUCUCCCAGACGGCAUCUCUUCUCCUGUUAAUGUGGGUGGGAUUUGUGCAGAUCCCUCUACCCUAAAGCACAGCGGGCUUGUUAUUUGACUCAGGAGACAAGUUCAAGGUCACCUUUGUGACCCAAGUUAUGUAAUGUUUGUGGUGUGAAUUACAAAAUGUUCCCAAAGAGCUGAAUAACAACUUACAAAAAAAAAGAUGUUGAAGCAGUGGAAAAGGCAUUACGCUGUGAAAAGUGCUUGGUCUUGACCUUACAGGCAGAGCAGCUGUACUCGUGGGCAUUAAUUGGCUGAUGGUGGCAUACCUCACAAAGCCCUCCUGAUCUGUGUGAGAUUUGAGAGCAUGAAAGGCCUGUAAUACUAAUAACAUGAACUCUGGUUGAACCCAUAGAAAGCAGGGGGACAUUACCAACUUGCAAAAUGGGUCUAUAUUUAAUCGUAUCGGUCCGCUUGGCUUUGCUCCCGCUAGAAACCUGUUAAGAUGCAGAUAAAGACCGAUAAGAGCUUUGAGUUCGACAUCCCGGACGAAGCCGAUCCCUAAAGCAAACACCGGGAAGAUGAAGUGCAUCUUGUUAAAAGGCUGCGUGGUUUGUGGAGCUUUCAACAGAUUUCUCUUCCCGCUCAACAGGAGAGAAAAGGAGAACAGGAGAAACACAGUAACAGAUGUGACGUGUUGCUCUCCCACUCCUUUUUGAUCUAUGGCGAUGCAGCAAAAAAAAACCUCUAGAGAAGUUUUGAGUCUGGAGUAAUUGAGUGCAUUGCUUUUAGCACAGGGGAUAGGUAAUCUAAUUUUUAUUCUAAUUCUUUGGUUUCUCCCUGCUGGUAACUAAACUAUUGAUGUGACAUGAGGGCGUAUAGCUGUAUAUCAACUGUCUGAUUUGUUUCUUAGGAAGCCAAAAUAAAUGCUCCACUGCAGCUUUGCAGCCGCUCAGCUCCAACUUUAUAACCUUCCCAGCAGGGCUGCUGCCGUUUGCGUGUGCUCCUUUUUUUUUUUUUUAAAGGAAUUCCACUUCAAACAUAUCUGUGUUUAUUGUGGAGCAACAAAGCUAUCAUCCUUUUUUUAAAUUUAGCUUUCCUGUAAACACAUACUUGCAAGAGGAGUUUUUAAUACCCCAUAAAGGUUAUUUAUCAAUUCAGCUUCUUGAGCAUGAGCAACAGUUUGGGUUUAUUUCUACCUGUGCUCUUGUCUCUGGGUAACAGUCGAGUUUUAUCAAUGUUUGAAUCUAAAUCCUACAGUUAUAGGGUUGUUACGUAAUGCUGUUAAUCAAAUGUGGUAACAAGAUUAGCUUUGUUUUUUUGUGUGUUCGAAUCUUUUCCUUCAACUUAAAUUAUUAAGGAAUAUUUAUUUAUAGAGAAUAACUUUUCUGAAGUGUUAAUAUUACAAAGUAUUAUCUUGUCAACACCAAGUAUCUUUUUUUUUUUUUUUUUUUUUAAACAUACCAUUAACAUUUGAAGAAUUGAGAUUUGUUUGUCAAAUCUAUUUAAAAGAAAAAUAAUUCAAGAUGACCAAUAAUUUAAUUUAAAAAGUGACCAUCCUAUUUAUUCUGAAAUGUCAAUGUAUAACUGGACCACACUAUUGCGUCUGCAGAUUGUAACGAGUGAGAUGAAACUCACAAUGGGGAGGCAUCUGGUUCACUGCAGUGUCUUCCCUUUGCUGGAGUCUUUUGUUGCACUGUGAAAUGAAUACAGUAAUUGUCACAAUGAGAAAUUGACCUUCCGUUUUAAUCUAGACUGAGGCCCCCUUAACAAGUUAAAAUAGCGCAAACCCAAUUAGGGAAUUGAUUGCUUGCUUUCAUAUUCCUCAUUUGCAUCAGGGUCAUAUAGGGGAGAUAAAUGAAUGUCUAGUCUUUUGUCCACACUGUCAUUCCUGGUUGUGGAGCCUCUCUUGCCAAGAAAUUAGCUGAAGGAAAGUCUUUUGUCUCCCGUUGAUGGAGUCAUCUCUGAUAAUCUGCUGUUAAACACCUCCCAGGAUGAAAGACCUUCAGGAGAUUAAUGCUAACUACUUUACGAAUAUAGAUGUUUUCACGUUACCAAGAUCAUUUGAUGCAUCAUUCUGCACAGCUGUACUUUACAAUCUUAUUAAAGUUGUAUUACAUGUUUUGAAUGUGAUUAUUAUGUUAACCAGUUUCUUUUUUUUAAUGAAAAACUGAAAUGUUCUCGUUGUCAACAAAUCCUUCCAUGAAAAGGCCCAAAUAAACAGUUCAUUAGUUCAUUGCUGA